AUGCAUCUUGACGCUCCGAGGUGGAAAGCCCGGAUUCUUGCCAGCCGGGACCCACGUCCAACUAGUGGGUCCUUCGUCUCCACUUAUCAAAUUGUUCGAAAUUUCGAAGCUGCUCUUGAAUCUAUGGAACGCGAUCCAACAAUCGCGUAUAUGCUAUUCAGAGUCAUCCACGAAGCAUUUGGGAAAUGUAGCUACACGAGACCGAUGCCAUUUGCCAGAUUGCCAUCGAAUCGUCGUGAAUUAGGGUAUGGUGCAGAUGUCUUGGACACUCUAGUCUCCAAUCCAGAUUUGAGCUUCAAAUUGGCAUUGCAGUUCCUAAGUGCGAUGCGGAUUCAACCUUCCACUGAAAGAACUCUUGGCAUCGAUUUGCGAUACCCGGGCGAAGCUGAAGUGAACGCACUCAUUCAGCUUAUGGAACAGGAUUGUUUCGAGGGCCCUCGAUUAAUGUCACGGAUUUAUCAAUGGGUCUAUGCUGAAAUGUCAGAAGCUUUCGUGCAUCUAUUAAAAAAGCCAUUUGGAUCGUAUAAGCCAAGUUAUAGCGAGCAAUGUUUGAGUAAAUCUUCACCCCGUGAUCCAUUUAGUCCCAGAGAGGGGUUACUCAAUGAUCUUCAGAGACGUUUGUUGCGAGAGAUAGUGGUGCAUUUGGUGUAUGAAAUAGUGAAAGAAGGAGAGGUUUGCUCCCUUUUUGAGUUGAACCCACUAGUUGAAGCUCUACUUCGAUCAUCUGGCAACCAGUUUGUCGCAGUCAUGUCAAAUCGUGCUUCCUUGGACCUCGUCGAUCCAUCUUCUCACUCAGAGCACACUGAUCUGAGUGUGCGACAAGAAUUGCAAACAGGGUCUCUCUACGAACAAUAUUUGAGUUCUAUGAUGUCCUCUUUGAAAUUCACAAGUGCUCAUCCGGCAUUUGUAGAUGCCAGAAUUCUCCUCACCGAAUUCAGGACCGCGGUGGGCCAGGCGUUCUUGAAGGGGUUCGCCAAAACUCUAUGCCAUCCUAUCAAAACAAUCUACAUUGAUAUGCUCGUUUCAGCGAGUGCACUCCUUAACGGGACACCGGACCAGGAGAUACUGCACUCUUCGCCUCAAUGCUGCCGAGAGGCGCCCAUGUUUAUCAAAGCCCUUUUAACACCAACAGGCUUUUUUGUCUUCGAUUCAAUCGUCCAUGCAUCAGAGUUUCCUGCCUUUAGAGCUCUUGUAAAAGAGAUUCUUGUGUCUGGAAAGGUGAACGCAAAGACACUUUUCUCCAUGGCUGUCGCAAUGAAGGAGCAUUGGAACCUCGAGAUUGAUCUGAAGUCCUUAAGCGACUUGCAUGGAGUCCUUCAUUCGUUCACCUGCAUCUCCUUUGUUCUUGCAUCGUACCAAGAAUUUGUCUCUCCAAGACUGUUGUCGAAUACAUUAAAGGAGUAUUUCGGAAGUCAACAGGUUCCAUCUUCUUGGCUUUCUAAGGCUACUGAGAAUUGGUAUCGAGAAAGAAUUGUCGAAUAG